AUGUCGCAAGUGAACGUUGGGCCGGAUCUCAACCGGAAUGCGGCGAUCCCAACUCCAAAGACCUUAUCCGCAGCACCAACGAGUCUUUCAAUGCCAAGAAGUGCUCCCCUGAUUGCACAUUUAAGUGGAAAGGAGUCCGAGGAUGCAAAGAAGCAAGAGUCCUCCGUGCGAGUGCGCGAGAAUUCGGCUGCGAACCCCUUCAAGCUGGUAAAGUCUGGCUAUGGAGGGACUGGCUCCGGUGUGAACCAGGGCGUCAUUGCAGGAGCUGAGUACGUCCGGGGACCCCUUCAACCCACAUGGGCCGCGCAACUGGCUGAUGCUCGCAGAGUGUCCGACAGCCGCAAUUAG